AUGACGGCAUACUUCAGCCUAGCAGUCGUUGAAGUCGUCCUGCACAUCAUGUCGGCCACGUUUGUAGGAGUCACCUGGAGCAGGUAUCCAAACGAGCCUAUCAAGGAGUACAUGAGCUCGGUUACCGUGUACAUGCAGGUGGCUGCUGGCAUUUUGGUCCUUUGCGUCCUCCUGGUGGCACCUAUCUGGCGUCGCUCAAAAGACCCGCAGUGGCUACCCAGCUAUUUCUUGGAUUUUGCCCUGCUCUUCUUGUUCUUUGGGGCUGUCUAUGCUGCACCCUGGGCGUACUGGGGGAUGUUUCUUCAGCUUCCUGGGCCCUUAUGGUGCCCGCCAAAGAUUGUCGGUCAAGGGGUUGUAUGGGUCAUUUUCUCGACAUUGAGCAAUGGUCUUAGCAUCUAG